AUGGAGCAUCCCGAUGUCCCAGCGAUCUCGAUCGUUUCACCGAAGGAGCUUGCUCGCCUCCGCCGAGUUCACGACAUUUCCUCCGCGAUCGAACUCAUCGUUCCGGACAGAGGGGAGACGCCAAAAGCUGUUCGCGCAGGUUAUUGCGUCGCAUAUACCCCAUUCUUCGAUGCUUGCGGGCUUUCCUUCCCGAUUCCGCUGGGACUUCUCGUUAUUCUGGCGGAUCUGCAGUUGGCGUUCCCGCAGAUGAACCCUAAUUUCGUCCGUCAUGCCCUAGCGCUGCUAAUUAGAGCGGCAGAGUCCCGAAUUCCCUUUGGAAUCAACGAGCUUCACCGAGUUUGCUCUAUUAAGAGCAAUUCAUCCUUUCCGGGGUCGUUCUAUUUGUCUCCCCGGAAAAAUCGAAGCAUCUUCAAAGACGUCCCUGCCCGCGAUGAUCGCUGGAAAGAAAAAUAUAUUUUCUUCAGGAUCAACGAACACUCCGUCGGGUCCUUCGAUUUUAGUCGGCUACCUACUGUCUGUUGUUCCGAUGAAUACGGGCUUAGACAAACCGCUACUUGCUGCUCUGCGAAACGGCGAUUGUUCGUGACAUACUUUUACAAGCGAGAGAAUUCGUCGCGUGCUAGAGACCGACACUCCGCAGCCCGCUGUACCGGCCGUCAGGAAGUCCCAGACGCUACUUCUUCAAGCACCUCGCAUCAACCUCUGAUCCGCAAGCCAUCUCAAGGGAAAAUUACUCGAAGACCGUUAGCUCGUGAGGCCGAGAAGGCGAGGAAGAGCAGGGCUCAGGCUGGGAGCUCCGAACCCGUUCGCACCGGUGAGAUCCACCGAGCUGUGAGUGACGCGCUCGAACAAGCCUCCGGAGCUUAUGAAACUCUAGCCGGAGGUCUUCCUGCUGACCCGUCGUCCAGAGCUAUCUCGCUUAGUUCGCGGGAUUCUGCGAGGACUUCACGUCCGAAGAAGCAGAGGGUGGAGGAUCUGGCUCCAGAUAGGAGGUCGAAUUCCUCGAAUGGAUCGGGGGGAACAAUCCUGUAUGGUUGGACUUUCAACCAUACUAAAGGGUGCCUCAUCGCUGAUGACCCCGAGGGAGUAGCUUUCAUCUUUCGGCAUUUCAAACCUCCGGGCUGCGUGCUCCCUCCAGUUCGAGACAUGCCAGAGCGUGCUGCCUACGUGAAAAUGAUGGCUGCUCAUGGACGGGCUCUUGAGGCUGUUAACGAGUACUCUGCCGUACUCGAGGACAAGUCUCUAACCGUGCCCACCUCCAACGAGCUUGAGGAGAUGAAGAAGACCGUGUUCGACCUUUCGUCAAAGGUCAAGAACGCGGAAGACAAGGAGAGACGUCUGGAGGUCCAGCUUCGCUCUGCGAAGACGUUGGCGGAUCCUGCGAGCCGGCGUGCUGACGACCUGACUGAGCAGGUCCGUGAGCUUAAGGAUGAGGUUGAUACGAGGGUCAGGCGGGCUGUUCGGGAGGCAAAGCGGGAGUUUGCUGAGAAGUAUCUGGCCAUCUUUCACUCGCUCAAAGACAAAUGGGAAAAGAAGAAGGUCGAGGCUGCGUGCGAGGCCGAGCUCCAAGAGGUGGAAUCCAACUUGGACCUUAUCAAGGAUCUGAUCAGUGGGGCUAUCACAGCUCCGGACGAAAAAGCGCGCCUCGAAGAGAAAAUUCCUGACCUUACUAAGAAGCAUGCUGAUGCGGAGGUGUCUGACUUUUCUCUUGCUAAACUCGAUCUCCCGCAGAUCUCGGAGGCGUCAGUGAGGCCGAUGGAGUAUUGA